GAUGGCAUGUCUGUGCAAAUUCAUCCUUGUUUGCAACUUCUGGCCUACACCACAGUAUACAUCAGUAUACAUCAGUAGGAAACUUCCUUCUGAUUAUGAGGUCACAAAUAAUGGAAGCAAACCCUGCAAUAAAAAACGCUGCAAACUGUGCAACCAAAUCAAUCCAUCAAAAAGUGUCACACACUCAAAAGGGAUCUUCAAUAUCUCCGGAUCAUACAGCUGCACCUCCAGUAAUGUUGUGUACCUUAUCCAGUGCAGAAAGUGUAGCAAAGGAUCUUAUGUUGGCAAAACAGGACAG